AUGCUCUCGAGGAAUGCUACCCAGCAACCUAUCGAAUCAGUGAGCAAACAUUCACUUUUUGACGAGCGAUUGCCUCGGGUCUAUUAUGAAAACUUCCAUGUUGCCCACCCAGUUUUGGUACCGAGCUCCGUGUAUCAUGAUCGGAAUUACCCACGCUUUCUACAGCUCGCAGUGCAUUUUGUGGGCUCUCACUAUAUUUCCUCGGUGUCCAGCCAGCCUUACAAAGACCAAGUCAUCGCCGAGUUGAAAACAAACCCGGAUCGAUCGGCUUGCAUGGUCCAGGCUUGGCUGAUAUAUUCCAUUGCUCUGUACGCGCGUGACGAAUGGCAAGAGGCACAAGAAGCUCUUUCUAAUAGUAUUGAUAUUGCUUUGGAGAUAGGUUUGAAUCGCUGGUCAUUUGCUUCGUCUACGAAUCCUGAAAGAUCCAUUGAAGCCGAGAGCAUGAGGCGGACAUGGUGGGAGCUAUAUGUUACCGAUGUAUUCAUGGCGGUUCCUCUCAAGACUACGGCGUUCCGCUGUAGCGCCGUUACCCCGGAGGUUGCGCUGCCGUGCGAAGAGUCCGCUUAUAACAGCGGAAGCGAGGUUCCGAAACCUCGACUGAUCAUCGAGUUCAAGCGCAGGAUUCUUGCUGCGGAGGAUACUGUUUUCUCGUCUUACAGCUAUCGUAUCGAGGCGAUCACUAUCUUAUAUCGGGUCCUUGUGCUGAAUCGGAUGCGAGACUGUCACAGAGAUCACCUUCAAGCGGUCGAGAACGCUUUGGUGAGCUGGAUUAACCAUCUACCACCAAAGAAACUCGACAUCGUCGAUUCGUAUGGGAAUGUCGAUGAAAUGAUGUUCCAAGCACAUUUGACAAUAGCAUACGCUGCUAUGCUCUUACACCUCCCACGGAGUGAUCUCCCAGCCGUUCUAUCCCAAUCACAACCAGAUGACCGAUUCUGGCCCGGUCUGACGGGUCAACUUUCAUCAACAUUCAGCCGUCUAGUCCACAGCAUCAAGGCGACAGAGGCAUCGAGACGAAUCUCAGAUUCUAUAUCUAUUUGUCCCAACGUCUCAAAACAUACUCCGUUCAUCAUUCCCGCCCUGGCCCUCUGCGGCCUAAUCCAGCUUGCCACUUCAACCAGCCAUUCCGAGGAAUGUUUCGACCACCAUUGCAAUCGGGUCACUCUCAUAUUAGGAUGUCUCAAAAGCACACAGCGAACCUGGAAACUCACCGAGUCCGUCUACCACGGCCUCCGAUCCUCUGCCGCAGAUGUCUUAUCAGACUCCAUAACGAAAUGGAAUGCAGAACCACUCCACCGAUUCACUCCGGCAGCCACAACCCCAAGCGAUGACCGUCCCAGCAGCGCGAAUCAAAUCCCCGCUACCAUGUCCGACGGCCACGACUUCAUGCCCCCAGAGUUUUCCCCUGCUUUCAUCGACCCCUCAUGCUACAACGCAUCCUUCUUCAGCGCCAUCCCUGACUUUGAUAUUAAUUAA